UUGAUUGGUGAUUCAUAGGACAACGAAAUAAAGCUCUUUAUUAGCAGUAAAGCAUACUCUAGCAUCCCUAAUAGUUUCGCAUAUAUCCCUGAUUUGAUCAUUUACACUUUGCAACAACAUUCUUAAGAUUGAAUAAUAUUUUGUAAGUGCCUUAUUUAAAUCUGGUAUGUCGGUAUAUGUAUUCUGAUUCUGAUGUACUGGUUAUGUAUGGAGCAUGAAGCAGAUGCUCUUCUCCUACAGUGUUGACAACUUAUAGACAGUUAAAUAUAUUUGAAUUCGAAAGUGGAGAAAGUGAGGACGAGGAGGAAUGGUUGGCAACGAGUUUUAACCGUCUAAUUAGGAAUCUGCAUGGUUGGAUGGAACCACAUCCUUUGACCGUAGAAGAACCAGAGAGACUCCAUAAAGUAAAGGGUUCCACAGCUAAUUAUUUACAUAUUUUAAUGUAACAAAUUGUUUGAUCAGUCAAUUAGUCUUUGAUUAAGAGAGUGAGACUAAAAACGAAAGGUGGAAACUAUAAUCUAGAUGCAAAUGGGUUUUCAUUAUAGUCAAUCCUUUUCAUACACUUUUUGUUUCAGCCAUCUUCUGUUUUUCCUUUGAUAGGUUAUUUAAUCUGUUAUAUUUUAAUUUUCUCAAAGUUAAUAAAUACAUUAAGUCAUGAAUUGAUAUACUACGUAUGAGCUUGUAAACCGAACACUACACUUUACCACAGAACGAAAGUGAUUUAUUCCAGUAAUGAUCUUCUUCUUGAAAUGUUAUGUUACAUGAUAUUGAUUAUAGCAAUUGUUACGAAUAAGAACUUUCACAUGAAACAUAAUUUUCAGCAUAUUUAGCAAUGGUGACAUGGUCCAUGUAAGAUAACAUUUUCUUAUUGAAAUAUUAUGUUACAUGAUAUUGAUUAUAGCAAUUGUUGCGGAUAAGAACUUUCACAUGGAACAUGCUAAUUUUCAGCAUAUUUAGCAAUGGUGACAUGGUCCAUGUGACCUCCAUCGGUACGUAUGACAUACUAUAUCACUCUCAGUGCCAGUCUUGAAAAUAUGAAGGCUGAAAGCAAAUAAAAAAUUAAGGCCUAUUAUUAAGUGUCAUUAGUUUUAAAAUUUUCACAAAUAUCUUUUAAGAAGGGGAGGCAUUGAACUCCUUUCCUAGCUUCCGCAGUUCAGCUCCAACAGCCACUUGGCUACUUGAGACUUUUAAGAUUUUCUGGCCGAUUAAAUUCUGAUUUACGGCCGGAAGCCCAGGCUUCUAUUGAUUCUCCUAGGGACAGCACUGAUCACUUUACAUGAUAUUCAAGUUACUCUGUCUUGCAAUGGCAAAAGGAGAAUGAAAGUAAAAUUGUGACUAGUUCAUUCUCAUCUACUUAUCAAUAUCUAAUUUGACGAGGACGAAGCUUAUUAACUGAUUUUAUUUAACUUCACAUCAUACCUUCAUCCCAUUUCCAUUCACUUCACAUCAUAUCUUCCAAACGCAAAUCAAUCUCCUAAAAUAUUUCUAGUUCCGAAUUUACCAUACACAGAUGAUUUUUAGAUAAAAAAAAUUAAAACAUUAAAAUGGUGGUUUUAUUUAAACACAACCGCAUCAUAUCUUAAAUAUAAACGUAAAUAAGAACAUAAAUUCAAAAAAUCAAAAACCUUUUUUUAUAGUCACAUAAGUACUAAUAAGUACAUAACAACAAAUUUUAAAUUAAAACAUUGAUAUAUCAUACCAUUCCAAUAAUAUUAGCUUAACUAGUUGAAUGUAAUUAUUUGAUAAUAUUUUAUGGUAGAAAAGCAAGAUUAUCUAGACUUUUUUUUCACUGAAUUAUACUUAGAUUCAUAUCUAGACAUUAAUUGAAGAUUUAUGCUGGAUACGAUAAUAUUUAUUAAGAUAAUUAGAUUAACAUGAAAAGUAAGUGGAACAUCAAGAAGCAUGGUUCUUUCAAAAAAAAAAAAAAAACAUCAAGAAGCAUGAUGGUGAAAUUCUUACCUAUACGGUUUACACACGCAGACACGCUACAGUCGCAUCUAAGAUGAAACGCACUAUUCUUUAUUUAAAACAUUUAGUGUUUGCCUUCUUCUCUAGUCUAGUCGUUUAUAUACAUUAUCACAGGGAACACAUAAUAUUAUUAUCUGUUGUUAUGAAAGCUAAUAAAAUAGAAUGACCUAAUUUGGCUGCCAAAUCAUGAAGUUCAAGAGUGCUCUAAUCACACGUGGCAGGCACCCAAACGUUCAUUUUUUACUGGUACGAGGAACAAAAGGAGCGAGCAUGGGUUGUGUACCUCAGUGGAACUUCGAUAUGUAUAAAAUGGGAACUUAAGUUAUUGCAAUCACUUUUUUUUGUCCUGGUUUGUAUUAAAAAUAUUCUUCUCUUAUUGCAUCGUCGUGCUCGAUCUUGUUCGGUAUGGCUAAAAUUUUCCUCCCUUGCUCUUGUAGUUGCAUGUGGCCAGUUAAUUGGAGUGUUUAUGGUAUAUAUAUUCUACCAUGCAAACUAUGGAAUAGUAAAGAGGAAAAUUUUGAAGUAUGAAUCCAGAAAUCAUAAGUUUUGAAUAUAUAUAUGUAUGUGUAGGUAAACAAAAAUAUAAACUAUAUAUUUGGCUAGUAGAAUACUGGAAACUUACAUGACUGUAUAAAACUCGUGAGUCGUGACCAAACGUAGUAUUAUGGAAUAUAUAGCCAUAAUCAGGGCCUGCUCCGAGAUUUCGGGGUUCUUGGGCGAUAUUCGUAAAGAUAUCAUUGAAAAAAAAAUUUAAGAAAAUUUGGGGGCCUUUUUUAAACAAUUUGGGAGCCUAUAUUUAUGUAGUUUGUUUCAAAAAAUUUGGGGGUCCUAGACGAAUGUUUCAUCCGGCUUUGUCCAGGACCGGCUCUGGCCAUAAUCGAUAUUUAUUUGAAUGUUUGGCUAGAAAACUAACAGCUUGGCAAUGGUUUAAUUUAUUGGUCAUGCCAAAAGAAUAAAUCACCAAUAAGUUUAGCUCAAUUAUUUUUAUUUCAUUUGGUUUAAAGGAAAAAGAAAGCUCACUUAAAUGGCUAAGAUAAUAAUAUAAACCAAGGUUUGGCAUAAAACAAAUAUAAUACACGCCAAGAGUGCAUACCACACAAAAUUAUCGAAUAUUUUCCAUUUUAAUUUUUUUUAGAAAUACCUGAGACCGUCAAUAUGCGAUGUACUUCUCUCUACUAGCCCACGAAAACGACAACGUCCCCAACCUAUAAACACUACACCCUUACACAUUGAACGCUCUAUAUAUAGUGUGCAUCAUUGGCCUCGUAGUUAAACUCAUAUCGAUCGAAGAAAACUCAACUAGAGCUAACAAGAGUUUGAAGACCUCCUCUUGUUACCUUGUUCAUUUUCUUCGAUAAUCUUAUUCGGAAGUAGAAAGCUCAUUUACAAAACAAUCAAAAUGGCUCUAAACGUAUUGGCCUUUACAUUUGGAAUCAUGGGCAACAUCAUAUCAUUUAUCGUUUUCUUGGCGCCAGUGCCAACGUUUGUUAGGAUCUGCAAGAAAAAAUCUAUAGAAGGCUUUCAAUCACUUCCCUAUGUGUCAGCGCUCUUUAGCGCGAUGCUAUGGAUUUACUACGCUCUGCAGAAAGAUGGAUCAGGCUUCCUUCUGAUUACCAUAAAUGCCGUUGGAUGCUUCAUCGAAACCAUCUACAUCAUCCUCUUCAUAACCUAUGCUAACAAGAAAGCUAGAAUAUCAACUUUGAAGGUUCUUGGACUCUUGAAUUUCUUGGGUUUUGCCGCUAUUAUUCUUGUCUGUGAGCUCUUGACCAAAAAGUCGAACCGUGAGAAAGUCCUUGGAGGGAUUUGCGUCGGAUUUUCCGUUUGCGUCUUUGCAGCACCUUUGAGCAUCAUGAGAGUGGUGAUACGAACAAAGAGUGUUGAGUUUAUGCCCUUCUCUCUAUCAUUGUUUCUUACACUCAGCGCCAUUACGUGGCUCUUCUACGGUCUUGCUAUCAAAGACUUCUACGUUGCGCUUCCAAAUAUAUUGGGUGCAUUUCUCGGAGCAGUUCAAAUGAUUCUCUACAUCAUAUUCAAGUACUACAAGGCUCCAAAAGUUGAUGACACAGAGAAACCCAAAACGGUGCAGGAUCACUCCAUUGACAUGGUCAAGCUCGCAUCAACAACCCCAGUUUCCGGUGAUAUGACGGUUCAUCCUCAAACUCAUGCGGGUGAUCUAGAGGGUCAGAUGGAAAAGAAAGUGACAAACCAAAUCCAAACUUAAGUAGCCUUUCUAUAUUAUUGAUUUUAUCAAUGUUGUAACUGUUGAGUUGUGUUUCACUAUAGAUUGUACUUUGUCGUCUUGUAUUUUUCUUUUACCAUGUUAUUUCGAAACAUCUCGAAAUUGUAUUAUCCUUCCAAAAGUAUUUUAUAAAGCAGUUCUGAUGUUCUUUA